UCCAAUGUGACGAUGUGACCGCGGCUUAAAGAUUCGUAAGAUUACGAAAAUAAAUUUAUUCUCUCUUAUUUGGUAUUUUCACAAUCUUUCAUCACAAAUUCUAUGGAUUCAUAGUUGAAUAGGAUUUGAUUUGCUUAUAUAGCUUUAAAAGCUUUUAGCAUAAUUUAAUAUACUAUGCCACCAAAAAAAGGUGCUGGAGCUGCUAGUGCCAAGGGUGGUGGAAAGUCAAAGGGUGGAGGAGAUGAUGGAGAUAAAGGAAAAGGAGAAAAAAAAGGAGGCACUUCUGUCAAGGUACGACAUAUUCUUUGUGAGAAACAGUCAAAAAUUUUAGAGGCUCUAGAAAAACUGAAAGCUGGACUAAAGUUUAAUGAAGUUGCUGCAACUUAUAGUGAAGACAAAGCAAGAUCUGGUGGAGAUCUGGGAUGGAUGACACGUGGUUCCAUGGUUGGUCCAUUUCAAGAAGCAGCAUUUGCAUUACCAGUUUCUAGUCUUGGUUCUCCAGUAUACACAGAUCCACCUGUCAAAACAAAAUUUGGUUAUCACAUAAUAAUGGUGGAAGGAAAAAAAUGAAAACGUGUACAUGAAAUUUUUUUGUC